GCCGUCCGUCAACGAACUUUCGAAUCAAAUAUCAACUAUAUAAAAUAUAUUUUAGCUUUUUAUUAAACUUAUUCCUAAUAGUAUUAACUCGAUGCUUGUAUAAUAUCGAGCUUGUAUAUUUAUAAUAAUAGUUGUAGACUUUUGUAUGUUCAUAAUUUUAACCAACGGUAUCUGUUACAAUGUAAACUAAACUACUGCCCGACGGCCGCUAACAAGUCACAUAAUAUAAGUAUUUUAGGUGUUAAGUUAUUAAAAAUGGAAGACCGAUAUUCAGACGAUUUGAAAUCAACAGCUGAAAAAGAAUUGGAAAUGAUAUUACGCGAAAGUGACUUGAACUCGAGCGUUGAGCUUCUUGAUAAAACGCUUACUGAUAAAGCACAUAAAAGUCAGUUGACUAAGAAGAAUGUCAAAAACCUUAUAAAAAACGUAUUAACUAACGACGACGUCGCUACUAUGUUGAGACAAACUCUAGACGAAGAUUGUGACGCAAAUUGUUUGUACGAACCAAAAUUAACCAGAGCAAAAAUUAGAGAAAUGUUGAAAACCUAUCCGCCUUCUGUUCAUCAAUGGUCUCCAAAUCAGCAACAGUCUAUAAUUUCGGAAUGUAGACUUUUGAUCGAACAAGAAUUCCCAGACGAUUCCGAAGACGAAGAAUAUCAGCCUGAUAAAAAUUUAGAUGAAGAAGACGAGGAAGACGAUGAUGACGAAUCCAAAUGUACCGAAGUCAAUAAAUCAUUUGACACGGAAGGUGACGUCGACAACGACUGUGAAAACAGUGAACCGAUAGAAAACAAUAGCAAGGAGACGAUCGGCAUGCGCACCAGGUCCAAGUUUUCUUUAAGCGAUACGCCGUUAGAAAUUAUUGAACAAGCUUUUAUACCGCCCGACAUUACCGAAGACAUGUACGACUCUGCGUGUGAAAACGACGAGUGGAUGGAGUUUCUUAGUGAAUUCACUAAACCUUUAGAUUCUGGGCAAAACGACGAUGCCGAGGACGAUCCUGAGUAUAACGUUUUGUGCGAUGAUGAUUUCACAAAUGUCGAUAAAGAAGAAUUUAGGAUCGAUAAAUCGGUCAAAGUCACCCGCAAAGAGUAUAAUGAUUUGAUGAACGAACUCUACGAGUUUACCGAAAGUUAUACAGAUUUCAACGAUUCCGGAACGAAUAAAGUUUCCACGAGGAGCGACUGUGAUAAAGACGUAACUAAGUCAAAAAGUGCCGUGUCGUCUAUUCCGACAUACACGUCUAGCGUGGCCGAUUGGAGUGCCAAUUGCGACUUUACGACAUAUAACGUGAUGGUACCAAUUAAUUUUUCGAACGCUCAAUUCGUAGAUAGAAAGGAUGCCGAUUCGAAUAGUCAAGUCGUCAAGUCGAAUACUUGCCAACAGCUUAAACCGAAACCCAAUAAUCAUUUGUCCAUAGUUUCUGUUUUGAACACCACUCACACUAGUAACGCACCGGCAGUUUCGUUGAACAGUACGUCCGACGAGUCGAAUUUGGAAAAAUAUAUUAGCGAUAUUAGUAGACACAAUGUUUUCAACGAACAAGAGAUUGUCGGAAUGCUCCCGAAACAAAUGUUAGUUUUCCAACAACAACUCACACAACACGUCCAAUUGUUAACGCAACAUUACGUGUUGUGCACUUUGGACAAACCGUUCAACAAGUAUUUGAGAAUUUGUAACAAAAUGUUGGAAUCUAUUAAAAAUUCAACUAAAGACAAAUCGUACGUUCCGGUCAACGUUAAUAGUUCUGGAAGGUUCAUAAACGAUUGGAAUUCGGCCAUAGAAAACGAAAAGGAAUAUAACAAUUUAAAGGAUUGUGAAAAAUUAUCGUUUGAGACUAUGCGAUUUAUGUUGUCCUAUUAUGAACCCGUGUUCGUGUAUCCAGAGUUGUUGCCGACGAAAACGUUUUGCCUCAGACCCACUCGCAUGCCCAUUACUCCGGCCGAAGAAAAACUUUUGCUGUUAAAAAUCAACUAUGUGUAUAAAAGUCUAAAGGAAAAACAACAAACAAGAGCGAAAUACAGGAAAAAAGAUCUUGCAGACAUGAUGCCGAUGGUUUUGAAGACUGUGCAUAAAAGAUGGUUUUCACACAGGCGGCUGACCGAUCUUAAAAUUUUUAUUACGCGACACAAGAAUACGCUCAUUCCCAACAACGUAAAUUCUUAUUUUAAAAAUGGCAAAAUCGAAGACGUCGUCCACAUUGUCAACGUAGAAGCUCUCGCUUCGAAGAAAUGCCUAUUCGAAAACGACGUACAGAAGUUCCCAUCGAUUUGGAAACCGACGUUAAAACAGUUAUUGAGCAGUAGUAAACCAAUGGAGAAAAAUGUAAAAAUAGGAAAAUAAUAAAAACCCCAUCUGUUAAGAAGCAUUCGAUGUACAUCAUUGGUGUUGAACAUGUUGUAACGACAUGGUUUUACAUUUCCGUUUAUUUUCACUGUGAAACAUCUUUAUGUAGCGCCGAGCCCAAAGAGCGUUGCUGGAGCUGGAGUUAAGCAAAUAUUGAAAAAGUGUUUUUAAAACAUAAAUAAAUUGUUUUAAUUUUCCAUCUUAAAAUAAAUAUCGUCAAGACUUGAAUAAUUUGUAUUAGGUAUCACUAUUUAUUUUAUGUUAUAAGUUUGAAUUUUAUAAGUUAUCUAGUUUUGUAAAAAAAAAUAAAAUAAAACAACACAUUAUUUUUUCUACUUUAUCUUUUUUUUUUU